AACAUGACCAAAGUCACUGGUUUUUGUACACGCCUCCUUCCAAGUACAUGGCCAGAGGAGUCUGAAGUGGGUGUGGUCUGUGAUGGCGUUCUGACAGACUGGGCACUCUUGUGCACACUUCAUUCCACCCCUUUUCUCACCCUGCUGCUGCCUCCUACCUUCCUCCCUCCUGUGCUCCCCUGUAGUCUGGUCUCGCUCCUCUCUAGGGCUGGUGCUCGUCUGAGGGGUCGCCGUGCACGCUGACGCUCAUCUCUCCCAGCUAAGCAUGGUUCACAGCAGCUGUACGCGCCAAGUCCUCCUGCUGGGGUUUGUAGGGCUCUUGGUGGCCUUCACACACUCAGAGACGGUUGCAGGUCCGGCUCCAACUCUCCAAGGAGACAACCAGGACACAGUGUCUGGAGGAGGACCCUAUGAUGUCACCACCAAAGACCCGUACCAGGACAUGACCCAGAACUCCUUCACCUAUGACUACGAAGACACCACGCACUUCCACACUUUGGACGAGGAAGGGGAAGAAGGUGUCCUGGGGGUCGGAGCCAUCACAGCUAUCGUUAUAGCCGUCUUCCUGGGAGCAUCUGUCCUUCUUGCCCUCAUCGUGAUCACACUCAGAAAGUUCACCGCUUCCUAGAGGGACUUCUUCUCAUUUACUCUGUGUGUGUGUGUGUGUGUGUGUGUGUGUGUGUGUGUGUGUGUGUGUGUGUGUGUGGUGUGUGUGUGUGUGUGUGUGUGUGUGUGUGUGUGUAUAUGUUAGUACAAGUGUGUGUUACUUUUGUUCCUCGUCUUACCAUUCGUCAAUCACUUGGUCUGUCCACAGCUGAAUAAUCAAGUUUUUUAACUGCUUUAUCUCAGAUGUUUCUUGGUAUAUUAUUUUAAACAGGGUAAGCUGGUUCUGUCUCACUUGUAACAGCUGCUCACCAAAGAUGAACUGGUUUAAAGAGGUCAUGUGGUGCAAAUUCUUUUUAUUUACUUAUUAUAGUGACAUAUGGUCAAGGCUUUACAUUAAACGUCCCCAAAGUGCCACAGUUCUCUGGCUUUUCAUGUAGAAAUUUCUCUACUACAAACUAACUUUAGACCUGAAAUGAUUUGUUUCAAGCUUCUGUGACAUACGUAACACCAGUCCAAACUGCACUAUGAAACAUGGCCAAUCAGCCAGACUUCUGCCUGUGUGACGCACACACAUGGUCUCUGGGAAGGACGACAUGCAUCUUCUAUGAAGGGAGAGGGGGCGUGGCAAACAGUAGAUCAUCUUCAUUUAAAGCAGCUGUAACAAACAAGUGAUUUGAAUAUGACUCAGAAAGUAAAGAGCCUGUUUUGGACACAAGACAAAUUCUUACCUCACAUAUAAAAUGAAUAAUUACAUUUUUUGAGUGGAUUUAGGGAAUGAACAGAGUCAGGAAUUGAAAGACUAUUUCAGUUUUAUUAUUAUUACUUUCCCUUAUAUGAAACAUGUUACUUGAAAUGAUUCUUAACAGCAUUUGUCCCAAAUUGUCAUUUUGCGACACUAAAUUGUUCCAUCUCUGCUCCUUUUCUGUAACGGGAAAUUUUACCUAAGUCUAUAUUUAAGGAUUCUUUAUUGUUAUACCAUAUAUGCUUCCAUGUGACAUGAUAUGAAAGUAGGUUUCAAAAGGUCCUGGGGGUUAAAUAUACUAAAACUAGACUAUGGAAUAUAAAUAAAUAAGAGCAAUAAUAAAAUAAAAUUAAAUAAAAUUAAAAGCAACACAGUUGUAAUGAGCAGCAUGACAGAAUUAAUGGACAAAAAAAUUUGGUUGUGCAAAUAUACGGUUGUGUAGAAAUCCAGUUAUUGUGCAAAGCACUGGUGUACACAAGGCCAAGGUGUUGUGCAACCAAGGUAUUAAUAGGUGUUUACCCAUCCGUGUUAAUAUGCAGGAAGCAACAGAGCCAUAGUGCUCCACCGAAACUCAACAGCUUCUGGGAAGAAGCUGUUUCUCAGUCUGGUGGUUCCGCACCUGAUGCUCCGCAGCCUCCUGCCCGAAGGGAGAGGAACAAACAUUGUGCUUGCCUUGUGGGUGUGAUCUUUUUUUUUAUGCUGGAGGCCCUUUCCCUGUAUCUAUUUGUGUAAAUGUUCAUGAUGGUGGGUAGGCUGCCUCCUACAGUCCUCUGUGCAGCAUUCACAACCGUCUGCAGAGUCUUCUCUGGUUCUGAGCAGUUGCCCUACCACACAGUGAUGCAGGAGCACAUAACACUCUCCACCACACACCUGUAGAAGGCCCCCAGAACAGAACUGCCAAGUCCAGCACUCCUCAGCCUCCUGAAGGAGUGCAGGUGCUGGUGUGCCUUCUUGACCAGGGCUGAGGUGUUGUUGCCCCAAGUGAAUUCUUUGGUGAUUUUCAAGCCCAGACAUCUGAAGGUGUCAACUGCUUCCACAGCUGUUCCUCUGAUGUUGGGGGUGGGGGGGGUGGUAUCUGUUCCUCCUGAAGUCCACAAUCAACUCUUUUGUCUUCUUCAUGUUGAUGCAGAGGUUGUUGUCUUUGCACCAGCCUUCAAAGUGUUCAUCCUCCUGCCUCUAGCUGGACUCAUCGCUGAUGCUGAUGCAUCUCAGCACGACUGUGUCAUCAGUGAACUUCACUAUCUGACAGCCUGGGUGUUUCGCUGUGCAGUCAUAAGCGAGCAGAGUGUACAGAAGGGGUCUCAGCACACAGCCCUGAGGGUGAUGGAGGACGAGAUGAUCUCGUAGAUCUUUAAAGACUGCAGCCUGUCCGUUAGAAAGUCCAGGACCCAGUUACAGAGAGAGGUGCCCAAUCCAACUGUUGAGUUUCUGCACCGGGGUCUAUGGUAUUAUUGUCUUGAAGGCAGAUGUGAAGUCCACACAGAGUAGGAGGAUGUAGGUGUGCUUGUUCUCCAUGUGCCUGAGGGCCUUGUGGACUACAUGUGCAAUGGUGUCGUCUGUUGAUCUGUUUUUGCAGUAGGUGUACUGGUGUGGGUCCACAGUGAUGUCGAUGGAGUCCUUGAUAUGUGCCAUGAUCAGCAUCUCAAAGCACUAUGUGGUGAGGGCUACCGGCCAAUAGUCACUCAGGACUACACACUCAAAGGCCACUUUAUUAGGUACACCUUGCUAGUACGUGGUUGGACCUCCUUUUGGCUUCAGAACUGCCUUAAAUCUUAAUGGCAUGGAUUCAACAAAGUGUUGGAAACAUUCCUUUCUUCCCCAUUCUGAUGGUCGGUUUGAACUUCAGCAUGUUGUCUUCACCAUGUCUAGAUACUUGAAUGCAGGGUUGCUGCCAUGUGAUUGGCUGACAGGUGUACCUAAUAAAGUGGCCGGUGACUGUAUAGCCUAGGCCUCAUCUAUGUAGUGUUGGCUGAGAUAUGCAAUCUUUGAUUUGUUGGUUUAUGAAAAUCAAACUAUUAUUUUGAGAAUGGAUUAAUUGUUAAAGACUUUAGAAAUUUAGACAAUUUUCUGGUUUAUAAAACAUACUUUAACAUGGAAUGUAUUUACCAUAUUUUCUUAUAAAAACAUGAUUCAAACUUAUUACAUCAUAAUGUGAAUCUUUUCACAUGAAAAUGUAGGACUUUUACUUGUUUGAUUUUAAUGUGGUAAGUUUGUAUAAAUAAAGUGAAAAGGCUGUGAAAAAAUAAAAAAAUUCAUAUAACAUUUUACAGAGCUUUUAUAACUGGUGUGUCAACAAAAUGCUUCUGUACAAAUCAUCAGUUAAAUGAGAAAAUAAUCUGUAAUUAUUAUUUGCUCCUGUGUUGCUUCCAAACCGUCUCUCUGACAAAGAUGAGCGAAUAUUUUCUUCUUUCGACUGUUGACGCUGAAACGUGGCAGGUUUCUCUUCUGCAGACAUUUUUCACAUUUGUCCAGGUGUCACUAAAAAAUGCAACAUUAGAAACUGGCUGGUUCUUCCAGUGGAAACUAGCAUGUCCAUACUCAGUUUUUUUGUCUUUAAAAAAAAUGCUUUAUGAUCAUGUUUUGUGAUUAGUCUUAUAUUUGUUUUAUUGGAUUUGCUGGAUCCUGCAUGUGUCUUUGCGCAUUUUUGGUCUCACUUUUUUUCCAUUUGUUGCAAGAAAAACUUCAAAAUUAUUUGCUUACAUUUUUUUAUAUUAGUAUUUUACUGUACUGUGUUGGAUUUUUUUCAACAAUAUGACCUAUUUCAAAGUUUUGUAGUUUGUAUUGCACCGUUUGCAAACAUUUACUAUGUCAAAAUAAGAUUUACAAAAAAGAAAAAGUAAAAAGAAAUGGCAGACCUGAGCGCAAACAGGGUAUUUUAGUGUUUGUUUUUAUAAAUAUACCGGUGAGGUUUGAAGGAGGUCGUAAAUAUGUUUGUACUGUUUUGGGAACCUGUGCCAUAAUUUUGUCUUUUUCCAGUAUUCCUCUGUGCAUAAAAAUGACAGUGUACCCAUGUGGUUUCAGAUUUACAGUCAGUCAAUAAAUAAGAUGCCAAAAGUCUGA